AUGCCUCGCUUCUUUUCCAAUAUCUUCCUUUUGCUUGUUAUUGCUAUUCCUCCCCCCCCCCCCCCCCCCCCCCCCCCCCCCCCCCCCCCCCCCCCCCCCCCCCCCCCCCCCCCCCCCCCCCCCCCCCCCCCCCCCCCCCCCCCCCCCCCCCCCCCCCCCCCCCCCCCCCCCCCCCCCCCCCCCCCCCCCCCCCCCCCCCCCCCCCCCCCCCCCCCCCCCCCCCCCCCCCCCCCCCCCCCCCCCCCCCCCCCCCCCCCCCCCCCCCCCCCCCCCCCCCCCCCCCCCCCCCCCCCCCCCCCCCCCCCCCCCCCCCCCCCCCCCCCCCCCCCCCCCCCCCCCCCCCCCCCCCCCCCCCCCCCCCCCCCCCCCCCCCCCCCCCCCCCCCCCCCCCCCCCCCCCCCCCCCCCCCCCCCCCCCCCCCCCCCCCCCCAACGGGUAUUCUUUCUUUGCUGCUAG